GACUUUCAAAUUAGUCUCUGACCGACAGCGUCGCUGCGAAAUCCCGCAAAACUUCACGUAUGUGGAUUAUUUCUCUCCUGGGUCGGGCCGAGCCGUGUUCGACUAAAUCACCUGGAGGUUUUACAGGAGAAGAGACAUUCAGGGUGUGUCUGGAUAUUCAAAGAUCUAACUUUUUUAUGUCAGUGUGAACAUUUGAAGGGUUUUUCUUUGAAGUGAAAGGACACAGACGGUUGGUUGUAACCUCAGCGCCACCAUGCCGGGGGGUGGUGGAGUGUACGCGGUGAAGAGGAGGAAGAAGCCCGUUCAGAAAAGUGCAAAGCCUCCCCCCGUGAAGACCAAUCCGUCCAAACGCCACCGGGACCGUCUGAAUGUGGAGCUGGAGCGUCUGACCAGCCUGCUGCCUUUCUCAGAGGAGGUCAGAGGUCGCCUGGACAAGCUGUCUGUGCUCCGGCUCAGUGUGGGAUACCUCAAGGUUAAGAGUUACUUCCAUGCUGUGUUUCAGAAGAGGCUGUCACCUCCGGCCUCCGUGAACGGCAGAAAUGGACAGUCUGUGUCGCUGGAUGGAGUCAGUUUCUCAGAGGGAGAAAUACUUCUGCAGGCUUUAAAUGGAUUCGUGUUGGUUGUGACGACUGAUGGGACGGUCUUCUACACAUCCCCGACCAUCCAGGACUUCCUGGGCUUCCAUCAGUCCGAUGUGGUCCACCAGAGUGUUUAUGAGCUCAUUCACAUGGACGACAGAGAGAUGUUCAAAUGUCAGCUCCACUUCGCCCUCGACCCCAGCGAUGACGACUCAGACGUGAGAGCAGAAAAUGGGCAGUGCAAAGCUUCGAGCAGUUCUGUGAGCGUGUUGCCUCAGUACAUCCCUCCAGAGAACUCCUCUUUCCUGGAAAGAAGCUUCUGCUGUCGCCUUCGCUGCCUCCUGGACAACACCUCCGGGUUCCUGGCUCUAAACUUCAACGGACGCUUGAAGUACCUGCAUCUGCAGGGAAACGCAGGGCCUGAUGGGGCUGUGGCUCCUCCUCAACUGGCUCUGUUUGCCAUCGCCACACCUCUGCAGCCUCCUUCAGUAAUGGAGAUCCGGACUAAGACCCUCAUCUUCCAGACUAAACACAGGAUGGACUUUGCUCCUAUGGGCAUAGACACCAGAGGGAAGCUGGUUUUGGGAUAUUCAGAGGUAGAGCUGGUCACAACAGGCUCUGGCUAUCAGUUCAUCCACGCUGCUGACAUGAUGUACUGCGCUGACAACCACCUCAAGAUGAUAAAGACUGGAGACAGUGGCUUCACCUUCUUCCGGCUGCUGACCAAAACAGGACACUGGUUGUGGGUUCAGGCCUCUGCAAGGAUAGUCUUCAAGGACGGGAGACCAGACUUUAUCAUCGCACGUCAGAAAGCCCUCACAAAUGAAGAAGGAGAGGAACACUUGCACCAGAGAAGACGGCAGCUCCCCUUCAACCUUGCCACCGGUGAAGGUGUCCUGUACGAAACUUGGAUGGAUGCCUUCUCCAUGCCUGGUCCUCCCGGCUCCGGUGCACCGGGCACCAUGGAGCCCACAACGGAGAAAGCUUUGGACCCUGCCUCCCUCCUGGGAUCCCUUCACCGGCAGGACCACUCCCUUUACACCCAGCCACAGAAACCCAGUCCCCAGCUCCCAAUCUUCGCCCAAAUUGAGGACCUUGAUGUGGAACAAGCCCAGUCAACCUUGGAACAAGCCUUCCUGGACAGCCAUGCUCUGCUCAGUGUGCCAGGCCAGAUCCAGACUUCACAGAAGAGGUCUGUCACAGGGGACCUCACGUCGGAAGCCAUGAUUGACUCUUUGGAGCAGAUUUUGGGAGAUAUCGGGGAUGAAGGGAUAGAGGGUCUUGAAGUUGAGGAGACAGAGCUGAGGGACUGGGAGAACACCCUCGUUAGGAUGAAUAACGAGAGGGAAGACGCAUCAAUGGAACUAGACCGCAUCCUGGCCAAUGACGUGUUCUCGUACGUGGAGGAGGCUCUGAGGAGAGAGACUGGUGGGUUUGUGCAGGGUUCACAUCAGACCGGGAACAGUUCUGAGCCACCAAUGACAGACACGGCGUCUGGAUUUAGUGAGCAGACUCUGUCGGGGGAUGUUCUCGGUGAUGUUGGUUGUUCAGUUGGACUAAAAGACGCUUCUCAGGUUGUGUCUGCACACAUACAAACACCCACACAGUGUCGUAACACUCGUCAGGGACACACCCCCAGACUGUGGCCUACAAGCAGCAGCGGUCAUCACCGUGGCAACCAGAGGAUUUCAACACAAUCCUGCCAUGCUGUUAAUUCACAGCCUGACGUGACACAACACACCUGGUUUCCAUCUGAACAAAACGCCACCAGUAUCCACAGCAGCCGUCAGUUUGGCUUGGAAGUGACAGACCAAAGUGCGCAAUAUACGAUAAACCAGUCUAGUUCACAGCAGACUUACGUGAGGCCACAGCUUUGCAGCCCGUCGGCGUGGCAACAGCAGCAGCUGCAAAGUUUUCACCAUCACACACUCACACAUUCCUCACACACACCAGGCAGCAUGAACUCUACCGCUCAGUCAUUCCACCCAGAAACACAGCGAUUAUCUGGCAGCUGCAUGUAUGAAAAAAGGGAAGUUCACAUAACAAACGCUGCCACUGUUCCUGCUGGACAGAACGGGCCCCUCCUGGGACCCCCACGCUCCAGAGGGGCCACGCACGCAGGGACGACCCCAAACGCUUCCUUCACCCUCUCCUAUCCAGCCAUCAACCAGGGGACGACGCAGUCCUCCAGCACGGAUGUGCGCAACAUCAGUUUGGUUCCCCUGAAUGGAGACGGCACUGGCCUGGGAACAGCUCGAUCAGAUUAUCCUCCGGAGAAUGGACCGUUACAGUCGUCAUUCUUCUGUUGGAACGGUCACACUCAGAUCCCCAAAGUUCCCCUGAACGGUGUUGUGGACCCGUUUGCCUUCCCUGCCCUUCCUACUGGGAGCAUCAACCUUUCCCAAAACACCGGCCCAUAGAGACUCCAUUCAAAGACUCUGAUUGGACAGAUAAUGUGUGAGUGUGACGACAGCGCCUGAGAUUAUUCCUAUUGACAAACGAAGAGAAGAAGAGUUUCCCCUCCAGGAUACUCGCAGUGUUUUAUACAUGUUGUGUCCGCUGUGGCUCACCCAGAAAUAUAAACCUUCUCAUUUCAAACUAAAAAAAACUUUAUGUAGGUUUGAGUAUCUCCCGUCUCUUCAAAUAUUCAUUAGCCAACUUUACCCAGUAAUUAGCCUGUUACACAUACUCAUGCUGCAACUAACCAACACUGUUGUGAAGUGUCCCGUCGGCCGAAGCUAGACCCAACAGGAUUCAAUUCAAGUGGACUUUUGAAUCUUGUGAAUCUUGCUUAUAUGCAGUUUAUAUCACUGUGGUUCUUUUGAGUGGCAUUUAGAGGACCCAUCAUAGACGAGGGGGAUUUUAAAUCCGGGCCUGGAGCUUAUCGUAUCAUUCAGUUGUCAUACUUUAUUUUUAAAGUAUAGAAGUGUCUGUUCAUCAACGUAAUCAUCUUAUUUUCAGUGAGCUCAGCCAAAGGGAGUUUGUGUUUUAGUAGCUUUAAAGUCUAGAUGCAGUUUGUCCUUCUGUUUUCUGUCCUGUUCACACUGGACACGUUUCCAGCGUGAGUGAUGGGGGACAGAAUCCACAGUCCUCGUUCUGUGCUGAAAUAUAAUCAGAGAGAGUGGUUGUCAGCGCUGUAUAAAACCAGUCCAUUCACUGUUUACAUGCAGGAGAGGCGGCUGUGUUUCCAGCCCUGAGUUGUUCCUCUGUGGAUUUGGUCCCCCUUCACUUCUGUUGAAAGCACACUAUAAAGGGAUUUCUUAAAGGCCAGCAUGAGCAGGAGGAACGAUGACAGCUAGAAAAGCCUGCUUCAAUGUGGCCACCGGGCGGCUUGAAAAACUGUGAACUUCUCCUUUAAUCAGUUGGUUUUGUUUGUGUCUCCAAAAAAACGACGAUGAUUUUAAUCAGCUGUGAAACUAAAGCGUGAAAUGUAGAAAACGGAUCUUUUCCCAACACUAACGCAGCUUUGUUGGCAGGAAAUGUGACUUUUACAGUCACAGUUGCAUUUAGACUUGCCAAUUAUCUGGCAAUCUUAAAAGGACGACAAUAUAGUUUUGUAUUAAAUAAGCAUGUUAGACAUGGAACGUGAUGCAGUAUUAAAAUACUGCGAAGUAUAUUUAACUUUCUUCCCUUCCUCGUUGCCCUCUGUUCAUGUGCUCUUGAGCAAGACACUUAAAUCCCAACAACACCGCAUAAUACAUAAGAUAAAAACACAGUAACACAUGUAGCACUUAUCAGUAGUAUAUAGACACUGAGUAAACGGUAGAGAGAAGGACAUUAUGAAGUGUUUAUUAAUGACAAUUAUAACUUUUUAACUAUUUAAAACUGCAGCAUAUUAUGUUGUCGUUCAUCUGCUACACUCAAACAUCCACUUACAGAUGUUUCACAGAAGAAGUUGCAUUAAUAAACACUUAAAAUCUCCUUAUUUCUGCUUACAGCUACAUUAAAGUGAGUUAUAGUUUGUAGUAAAACAUUUGUUAAUGGUUUAUGGACCAGCACUACUUACAGAUGUUAACUUACAUGUAAACUGAGCAAAGAACUGGUGGAUGAAUCUCGUUCAAUAAUCAAACUGAAGACUAAUGUGUGCACAAUGUUGCAGCCAGUAGUAAGUUCUUUGUUUCUCAUGUUUUCGCCUGUUGCUUUCACAUUCACACAUGAUGUGGGACAGUGCAGCUCGAGUUGAUUCAGUGCUAUGUCAGCAUUUUCUGUAGAGCGAGUAUCCAUCUCAGCUGUAUCAAAGUAGAAGUUUGUUCGUCUUGUCAGUUAACUUAUGUCCAUAAAUGUGCACAUUUAUGCAUUGUUGCCUGUAGGAGAUUAUCAUUAAAGCUGAUAUUACGCUCCAUAGCUGCUCACAUGUAUAAAAGAUAUAACCAUUGAGAACAAGUCUAAUUUAUUUUGCCAUUAAAGAACUGUAACCCUUCA